GAUAUGCAGUAUUAGUAGGUUAUUUUAUUUUAUUUUUUGACGAGUAGAGGAAGAGUAUUUCUAGACAUACGGUCUCUCCUACUCCUACCAGAAACCAACCCGCCGGUUUAUAAAUCAAUCAAUUCACAUCAACGAGAGAGCGAAACUUGUUUUCUUUGUUGCUUCAAUUCUUGUCUCCUUGAAUAGUCAUUUUCUUUUGGGUUAAAGAUGUUUUUCUGAAACUAUAGCUAUAUGGGUAUUCAAAUAUUUGGUUAAAACUGAAAUCUUUGAUUAAGUUUUGGUGAAAAUUGCUUUUUUUCCCCCUUGUUGAGAGAGAGAUGGAUGUGAAAUUCGUGGGACGAAUGCAAUUAUCUUCCACGUGGAUUGAUUGUGGCCGGGUCACGCCGAAACUACCUACCGGUUCAUUGAGGUUGUCAAGGAAGUUAAAGGAAAAGCAGAGGCUGCAAGUGGGUUUUUCGGCUGAUAUUCAGUCCACAACAAAUAAAAAUCGGCAUGGAUCGGUCUCUUUUAAAGUUUCAUGUUCUUAUCAGAAUUUUCCAGCAUCAGUAUUGGAAUCUGGAAGUUUGCCUGUUUCUUCUGAUGAAUCUCUUAUCUUGAAGCAUAAAUCACAAGAGGUUGGGCCCUAUAUCAAUGGACGCUGUAUAUACCUUGUAGGAAUGAUGGGCUCUGGAAAAACGACUGUGGGCAAGGUUCUUUCACAAGUACUUGCUUAUUCAUUCUGUGACUGUGACACAUUGAUUGAGGAGGAAGUUCAAGGAAUUUCGGUAGCUGAAAUCUUUAAGCUCUAUGGAGAGGGCUACUUCAGAAAUAAAGAGACUGAAGUGUUAAAGAAGUUGUCUAUGAUGCAUCAUGUUGUUGUUUCUACUGGUGGAGGUGCAGUUGUCCGGCCUAUUAACUGGCAACACAUGCGGAAGGGAAUUAGUGUCUGGUUGGAUGUGCCUUUGGAAGCCUUGGCACAGAGAAUUGCAGCUGUUGGAACUGAAUCUCGCCCCCUUUUGAAUCAUGAAUCUGGCGAUGCAUACACAAAGGCUUUCAGGCGCUUGUCUGCUCUUCUUGAAGAAAGAGGUGAAUUUUAUGCAAAUGCCAAUACAAGGGUUUCUCUGGAAAAUAUUGCUGCAAAACUAGGAUAUAGAGAUGUUUCUAGUAUCUCACCAACUGCAAUUGCAAUUGAGGCUCUGGAACAAAUUGGGAAUUUCCUAGAGGAAGAGGAGGGCAUUGCCUAUAAUCCGAAUUUAGCCUAAAAAGCCUGGUUCUGGUGCUUAGUGAUUUGCUUCCUAUUUGAGCAGAGCUGCAGCUUAUGCCGGGUUUCUAAUUUUAUCAGCGGAAUGUGGCAUGGGGUCAAACGUGCAUUUAUCUGUCUUGAUUUAUCAUCUGGAAUGCAAGAGAUGUGUAAGUUCAAUACUGAAAUCGUAAUUUGUAUAUACAGUGAAGUGAAAGUUGAUCUGUAUCAUUUGUUGAGUUACAAAUGUUAAAAGGCUUGUUAUGCCAAGUUGAUUUUUGACAAUAAGCAAUAACCUGAGUAGAACAAUGUCCAGCGUCAUUUUUCUUGCUUAAAUGUUGCUCUUCCACAGUUCAAAUGUUGUAAAUAUGAUUAUUUCACUUCUUUGAUCAUCAUAACAAAGUUAUGAUAUAAGCGACCAGAACCUGGUUGAAUUUGAACAGGUUUUUGAUGCAA